AUGUCACAUCAAUGCAAUGAUCCAAGUCAUUCACAUGAUACCACAGAUGGUAUUGAAUUUAGUUUAAAUAGAUACAUUGAUACUGCAAGAGUGACCUGUCUUAAUGAAAGAGUAAAGAACUCUGCAUGUGACAUCUUCAAAGCAUGGGAAAAUAGAUUAGAUGAAACAAAGUUUGUUGAAAGCGAUGCAGAUCAAGAGUUAAUCAUUAACAUACCAUUCAAUGGACUUACUCAAGUAAAGAGUAUCAUUAUCAUCGGUGGUGGAAAUGAUACUGCACCAUCAAAGAUGAAAGCAUAUAUAAAUAAAGAUAAUUUAGAUUUCGGAAAUAUAAAUGGAACUGCUGCCAUUCAAGAAUGGAAUUUACAUGAAGAUUUCGAUGGAAGCAUUAGUUAUAGUACAAAAAUUACAAAAUUCAAUAAUAUCAAUUUACUUACUUUAUAUUUCCCAACUAAUUUCGGUGCACCUACCACUAGAAUCUAUUAUAUCGGAUUAAAAGGAACCUAUACAAACACAAAACGAGAGGUAGUAACUGCCGUAUAUGAGAGCAAACCUCAAUUAUCUGACCACAAGAAUCCAAAUGAAAGCUUUGUUGCUAGAGAUAUCAAUUAA